AUGGCAGACAACCCUCAGCCGUCAACUAGUGCCGUUUGUGACGCGCGCGCUUCAUCAUCAACCGAGACUGAGGCUGUUUAUACCGACGGAGUAUACGAGCAUAGGAGGUCGCACGCGGAAGAAUUAAUAAAAAUGCCGAAUUGGACCAUGCUUUUCAAAAAGCUACAAACUCGGGAGCAAUGUGUGGAGUUUGCAGAAGAACAUGGCCUGAUCCCUAAAAAUAAAAUGUGCCGCCAUCAUCGCAUCCCGAUGCGAAUUUCAUAUGGGAAUUGUAAGAAUGUUGGCCAAUUUAUAUGCACUAAAGGCAACUGUCGGACACGCUCGAAAGUUUCUCGAGCUAAGGACACGUGGUUCGAAAACGUGAAGUUAUCGAUGCUGCGUGUCUACUUCUUAAUGUACGCCUUUGCCCACCGAUGGUCAUAUGACAAUGUAAUAUUUGAGGAUCCGGAGAGAGAUACGGAAGGCUGCCUCUCAAUGGCAACAAUAGCCGACUGGUAUAGCUACUGUCGUGAGACAGUAGUUAUAUAUCAGAUAAAUGUACAAAAAAAAAUAGAUAAAAUUGGUGGCCCUGGCAAGGUGGUCCAAAUCGAUGAAAGCAAAUUUGGAAAGAGAAAAUAUAACAAAGGACGACACAUUGAAGGCCAUUGGGUCCGUGGACUUAUUGAAGAUGGGAGUGAAGACCUUCGGCUAGAAGUUUGCCCGGAGAAUGUGCGCUCAGCAGAAGUGUUGGUGCCCCUGAUCCAGAAGCAUGUGAUUGAGGGAUCCAUGUGGAACUGGAGAAAAAUCUUCUCUAAAUUGGGUACACGCGAACAGUGUAUUCAGUUUGCGGAGGAGAGAGGACUCAUCCCAGUAGACAAAAUCUGCAGAUACCACCGGAAGUCAAUGAUUUUGAUAAAAUCAUCAGGGCAAGUUGGAAAAUUUAGAUGCCGGAAAAGCAACUGCCGCACUAAAACAGUCUCCCGUUCUAUUGGGACCUGGUUUGAGAACGCACACUUGUCCCUCACUUUAAUUUUUCAAAUGAUGUAUGCAUUUUGUGAGGGACUAUCUUACCACCAAACAAGGAAGGAGCUAGCCUGUGAUGACGGCCCAGUAGUUUCAGCCAGAACUGUGGCUGACUGGUUCAGUUAUUGCAGGGAAACAAUUUCCAUUUUUGAAUUAGAAAAUCAAAGGGCCCAAGGGAAGAUAGGGGGCCCUAAUAAAGUGGUUCAAAUAGAUGAGUCUAAAUUUGGAAAAAGGAAAUAUAACCGUGGGAGACACAUUGAAGGACAUUGGGUGAUUGGCAUGAUCGAAGAUGGCAAUGACGAUCUGCGGCUUGAGGUGUGUCCUGAUAAUAAAAGGUCUGCGGACAUAUUGGUGCCACUCAUAAAAAAACAUGUUCAGGAAGGCUCCAUCAUUCACACAGAUUAUUGGAAAGCAUAUCUGAGCCUUCCUGAGCAUGGAUAUAUUCAUAAAAGAGUAAAUCAUAGCGAACCAACUGAGAAAUUUGUGGCACCAGACGGGACACACACGCAGCGCAUUGAGAGCCAGUGGAGAGGUUUAAAAAAACAAUUUAGACAACAACAAAACAAGCUUAAUUUUACGGAUUGGUUGUGCGAGUACUCGUGGAGAAGAAAAAUAAUGACAAACCAUUUAGAUCCAUUUGAAGAGCUAAUACGUGCAAUUAAACAUUUAUAUAAAAUAAAAUAA